GAUAAAGGUGUGUGAGGUGCGUGAGCUAGGAGGGAAUGGGGAGUGAAUGGAGAGGCCUUCGAUGUAUGACGUUAGCCACAGAUUUCCCAGCUGGGAAACGUAUACUGGGUGGCACUGGCCCAACUCCUGAGGAUGUCUGCCACGUGUGAGAUAAGACUUUGUUCAUUCUGAGAAGUCUAAAGGAGAAGGAAAGCGACAAGCCUAGGAUUAUACACGUUUUUGUAAUCCAAGAUGUCAGAAAGAAGAGUUCCAAAGAACUGGAAUAGCACAACACUAGCAUCUUCACCUAGACUGAUUCCUGAGUGGAAGGACUUGAAACUCCUCAUACAUAAGAUUGUGAAGGACAUAAAGAUUGAUGAAGAAUCAAAGGACGAUGUGGUGGUACUGAGUGACUGGCCUGAAACUCUAUGCCGAGAGUCUCACCAUACUCAGAACAAGUCCUUUGUCUGCUUCUACUCCAUCAAUGUCAACUACUUUGUCUCCUUAGACUGGCUGGAGCCACGGGGGAAAAAAUUGCAGGCAGUACUCUGGAUACAGAAAAAAGAUACGGAGGUGAAAGGAAUAAUACAGAAGAUGAAGUUUUUCAUGAAGGAUCCAGUGCCACCGGUCGAAGCAAUGGUCCACACAGGUUCCCAUCACAUGUUAGUUGCUUACUGUGGUGACAUGUGCCUGAGGCUCUUUGAAGAUCACCACCAAGCAUUCAAAUCUCUGGGUACAGUGCCCUGUCGUUUCUCCAUCAGCUGCCUCUGCUAUGACUCAGAAUCUGAGCUGCUUCUGUCUGGCACCUUGGGGGCUGUGGUUACCUGGUUUAUCUUAGCAAAUAGGAGGGGCCUCCAGAUGGCUCACACAGUGCCCAUGACUGGUCAUGAGUUUGUACAAAGGGUUUCUCUAAAUGGCCCCCAGGGCUCCUUGCUGGCUCUGUGUGAGAAUAUAGUGAGGGUUUUCACCUACCAGGGACAGGGUCAGCUGAAAGAAGUAAAGACAUUUACUUCUGUAGCCAGUGGCUCCACCAUCACUUGCUCCUUUACUUGUGUCUCUCAGGGCAAUUUCUAUGCUGGAAACAGGGCUGGAGAAAUCCAUGCUUGGGGUUUAGACCAGGGUAACUUCCUUCACAGCUUCCAGGCCCAUUCCUCAUCAGUGAUAUGUAUCCAUAGCCGGCCAGAGACCUACACCUUACUAACAGCAGGCAUUGAAGGUGUCGUGAGGGAAUGGACUCUGACUUCUGGGAGCUUGCUGCGGCAGCUGGAUAUUGAUGAGAACCUGCGGCAACUGCAGUUUAUUGAUAACACCACUUUUUUCUGCCAGACUACCUAUUCUUUCUCAUUGUACCACCUGCCCUACUUUUAUAGCCUCUUCAAUAUCUGUGGUUCUGCUCCUCAGCAGGUGCAGAGGGUCUGCUGUGGCCAUAAUUGGACUCGGAUCCUGUGUGCCACCGAAGAUGGAUUAUUGCGCUUCCUGUCUCCUGUAACGGGGGAUCUCUUGGUUCUCACUUGGCCUCUGCUGGUCAUGGAUAAGGCUGUGGCUUGGGCCUUUGACUCAGACAAAGAAGAGCUCUUUGUGGCAACAGGCGGUUCAGAGGUGCUGGUAUUUGACACAACACGCUCUCCUUGCACAGCUAAAUACCUUGUGUGCCCUACGAUAAACUCUUGGGAUAACGUAAGAUGCCUGGCCUAUGUGAAGUCCCAUUUGGGUAAGGGAUUAGAAGGAUUGAUGUUCUGUGGGCAUGAGAGUGGCAUUGUGAGAAUUCUUUCCCACUAUAGCUGUGCCCAAAUAGAGAAGACCAUUCACUCUGGUCCAGUACUGGCACUGUCUACUCUGGAGGGUCCCCAGAAAAACUCCUUACUCUGUUCCUAUGGCAUGGAUGACAUUGUAUACCUGACAGAGGCUGUGCUUCAGGAGAACAAGGUAAUCUUGCAGUCUGCUGGCAGAAUUUACUGUGGUUGUCCCUUAAAACAUGUGAUACUCUUGCCAGAUUCUGUGGGUGCCAUCACUGAAAACUGCUGCUGGUAUCUCUGGAACUACCAAGACUUUCUGACAUCCUCAGAAUCAGAACAAAGCACUAAGUUCAGAGGUACAAAAUGCCUGCAUGAAUGUACUAUCACUUCAUUUGAUGUCUGCUUUUCCCUGAAACUUUUUGUCACGGGGGCUGUUGAUGGCUCAGUCCGGAUCUGGGAUUUCCAUGGCAGACUUGUAACUGAUCUGGAUUCAGCAUUGCAUUUUGGCCCAGUUUGUUUUGCCAAUAAUCGGGGUGACCUACUUUUGACUUUCAAUCAAAGUAUCUACAUGGUAUCCUGCUUAAAAUUACUCCCUCCUGCUCAGCUGAUUCAUCUAGAUAACCUAUCUGAUGCAUGUGAAAUACAAGAAGUCCCUAAACCUUUCCUACCUAGCUUCUUCUUUUCAUUUGAAAUAGUGUUUGUACCUAAAUUUGUCUACCUUAGACAAGGGCUACAGGAAUUACAGGGGCUAGAGACCCUUGUCAACAAACGGGUCAUUGCUUUUGACAAUACUGUACCACAUGUGGUAGAGGAAGAGAGACAUAUGUCCCUUGUGAUUCAAGAGAGACCCGAUUUGUAUUUUUUCGAGGAUGAGAGUAUCGAUUUGUCUACUCCUGACACCAAGCGUAAUUACUACCCACAUAGGGUUCCUGCUCAAUUACACCUGACUGGCUGGGAUGGCUUCAAUGUCUACCAUAUAUUACAAUGCUUCUUUGGUCAAGGACAGAAAUGGCCCUUUGCUCCUGAUGGCUACAUCCCAAACUCAGUGAUCCGUGCCUGUCUUUGGCCUGAGGGUAUCCCAAUCUUCCUACGUUGUUAUCUAUACUCGCCCUCCAGAGAUAAAGACUGGGAUAUGACUGAACUCUUAAAACCUCAAACACUGCCACUUAUAACUUCAGUAGAAGAUGAAAUCUCAAUGCGUAAACAGAAGGAUAAGUCCAAGAGGCAGAAAAAAACUUCUUUUGAUGCUCUUGACUAUAUGGCAAAACAAAAUUGGAUGGGAAGAAAAUUAACUGAAGGGCUUAUGGAUAAUAUAAUAGAGGCCAUCCUCACCCUCACAAUUUACUGUUCUGUAGAGAAAUACAAGAAAUAUUUUAGUGCCCUGGCACGAAUUUUUGCCAAUAAUCAAAUAUCUUCAAGGCUGCUCUCUGAGACUGCCCGUCGCCUCCUGGAAGAUAUAACCCAUUACAAUCCACAUAUUCGUGAGCUAGCCUGGGAUGCACUAGAGAGGUUAGGCUUCCUGAGCCGUCCUUUUGCUAUUCCACUGACACUGGGAUUGUUGGACUGUGAUGGGAAUGUGCGGGCUAAGGCCUUAUACCUUAUGAUAAGAUUCGCAGGCAUCCAAACCAAAACCAGGCUGUUACAACUGCUAAAGAAUCCAAAAACUUUCCAGGAAAUGCAGCAGGAAAUGAUCGGGGAUGUCCCCCUGGGCCAGUUGCUGGGGAUUCAAGCUAGCGAUGUCCAGAGCCUGCUUAGUCAUGUGGCGCAGCGGCUAAAUGAAAACCUGACGUUGUUCUUUAAAGAAAAAGCACUUAAAUUGUCUUUUGGUAUAUCAAGGCCUGGUGAACUUGAGGCCCUUACUGAACACACACUCAUACCUUUGUCAGAACCUGAAAAGAUCACCGAACUGAAGAAAAGAAAGAGACGUGUUCACAUGAAGAGCAGAAAGCUUAUUAAAAAGAACCUGAUUAUUGCAAGGGGGCAGAGAAGGACAGAAUUGAGAAAGGUUAGCUCUGUGUUAAUGCCUUUCGAGGGUAAAGAAGAACAAAGAGGAGCAAGGACAUCAGAGCAAAUUGACAUCCAGGAUAUUGUCUUAGAGCCAGAGCUGAUACUAGAUACUUUCAGUCCAGUCAAAUCUGAGGAUGAUGCUGAAACAAAAGAAGUCCUGUUGGAGGCUAUAGAGGCCAUAGUUCAGCAUGACAUAAAAGACGAUAGAGAAGAUAUCCCUACGGUGAAAAAACAAGAACAUGCAAAAAAGGUUCGGAAAAGGUCAAUGAAACAAAGCCAAAAAAUAGCAAGUGAGAAAAGCAAAGAGAGAAGUGAUUUGAAAGAUGUUUCAGAAGCACCUACACAAGAGCCCAAGAAAGAAGUCACAGAGGUUUCUAAGACAGAAGAGAAAAGCAAGAAACGUGCAAAGAAAAGCCGUGGUUUGUCUGGAACCCCUGGACGAAAAGGUCCAUCAGAUACCAGGUCUUGGCGGGAUGAUAUUUACUCUCUUGUCACCUCUAGGAUAGCAAGUUCCCAUCCAGGAAUGUUAAGGGAUUUGGGUAAAGAAUUGGUGGACCUGGCUCGGGUGAUGCUUGCUGAUCGACAGCCCAGCUGGAAUCUCUUCCAAGAGAUCUGCCCUCUUUUAAGGGACUUGAGUCCAUUGUCAUUAAAAUUGGAUGACAAAAAAAUAGAAGAACCUUCCAUCAUGACAGAAAACGUGGUUAAAGGGGCUGUCAAGGAUGAAAGAAUAGUAGUAGCAAAACAAUAUGGGGAUAAAAAAGUGUUAAAGAAAGAGAAAUUUUCUCAAGUCAAAAAGAAGAAAAUUGCCUUCAAGAGAAAGAAAUUUCAAAAGAAAGUAAGAAAACUGGCUAAGCAACAAGGGAAAAUAGCUAAGGAAGAAAGGAAAAGGACAAGGCUAGAGAAAAAAUUAACACAGAGAAUGGAGAAACCAACCAAGCAUAAGAAGAAGCCAACUCUUUCAAAGGAAAAAAUAGCUUGGGAAGAAGAAAUACUUGCUUCCCCACAAGAGAAAUUAACCACAGAAGAAGAGAAGUUAGUUCUAGAAGAAAAGCGAAUGACUGGAAAGGAGGGGGAACUACUAGGGAAAAGAAAGAAAGUGCUCUGGAAAGAGGGGAAACCAAUCCUACCAAGGAGACAGGAGGACUGGGAAAAGAUCAUGCAGGCCCACGAAGAAGGCAUAGGGACUAUGAAAGAGGGGCUGCUGAUCUGGAAAGAGAGAAAAUUGGGCCAGAAAGAGGAGGAUUUUGGUGAAGAAGAGGAGGAUUUUGGUGAGGAAGAGGAGGCACUGGGUGGGGAAGAAGAGGAACUGACUUGGGAAGAGGAAGAACUAAUCCUGGACAUAGAAGAACAUGUUGGAGAAGAAGAAGAACUCACACAGGAAAGGGAGAAAGAUGUUGAAGAAGAGGAGGAAGAGGCCUGGGAGCUGGGGAAAUCGGCCCAGGACCAUUUGUCUAGUGAAGAGGAAGGACUGUCUGAAGAAGAAUGGAUACAGAUAUCAGAAAGGGAGAGCUUGGCAGAACAAGAGGGAAAAAAGGCUCCCCAAAAGAAACAAAUCCAAAGAAAGGAAAAACAAGUUGGGGAACAGGAUGAACAGGAAAAACAAGAACAAGAUGAACAGGAAGAACAAGACCAGAAAGAGAGGCAGGCGCAGAAAGAGAAGGAAGACACAGAGGAGAAUAAACAGUUAGUUCAGGAAAGAAAGAAGCUGGACCUAGAAGAAGAUGAAAAAUUUGAGGAAAUGGAGAGAUUGUCCAAACAAGAUAAACGGGCCUGGAAAGAAGAGAGGCAUGUUGCCAAGAAAGAAAAGGCAAUAGCUAGAGAAAUAACUGGCAAAACUAAGAGAAAGAAAAGAAAAACUGAAGAAAAGAGAGAAAUUAUGAAAGAAGAGGAUAAAUUGCCUCAAGAAGAGAGGAAACUGGCCCAUGACAUUGGAACUAAAGAGAGUGACAUUACUGAGAAAAUGACCAAAAAGGAAAGAAUACAGGCAAUGAAGAAACUGGAUAUGGAAAAGAAAAUUAGUUUUGAAGAGAAAGAGCCCAGUUCUAAGGAAGAAAAGGUAAGGGCCAAAGAGGGUCAACUGCUGAGACUUAUGGCUGACAUAAUUAGAGAAACAAGUACAAUACCUUCAGAAGAAAGAGAAAUAACUGAGAAAGAGAAGGAAGAGACUCAAAAAGAGAAACUAGAAGAUGUUAGAACAGUAACCAAGGAGAGAAUACUGACUGAUGAGAGUUCGAAGGAGGACCAAUGGCUGUUAGAAAAGGCCCAGGAGAAGAUACAAUUCAAUGAAAUCCAGGUAAAGACUAUGUUAAAGGAGAUCCAGGAACAAAAUCUGUUAGAAAAACAGCAGCUAGAGGAGCUUGUGACUAGAAUUGAGGAGAAUAAACCAGAACAUACUCAGGUGAAAUGGCUAUUAGAGAAUAUUGGAAAUAUUCUCCUUGAGGACUUAUAUAAAAGCUUCGAGGAUAAGAGACUCACUAAGGAAACAGAAAGGCUGAGUAAGAGGGAAAAAGAGAGCCCAAGUGAGCAAAAGAAAGAGCACUUUAGUAAAGAGGAUGAGAGGCACUGGAGUGAGCAAGAAGAGGAGGAAAGUCUGAGUGAAAAGAAGAGUCUAAGCAUGGAGCAAGAGCAUCUCAGUGAGGAGGAGAAACUGAGUGAAGAGAGCCAGAGUGAGGAGGAAGAGAGCCUGAGUGAAGAGGGGGAGAUCCUGAGCGAGGAGGAGAGCCUGAGUGAGGAGGAAGAGAGCCUGAGCAAGGAGGAGAGCCUGAGUGAGGAGGAAGAGAGCCUGAGCGAGGAGGAGAGCCUGAGUGAGGAGGAAGAGAGCCUGAGUGAAAAGGAGAGUCUGAGUGAAGAGGAAGAAAGUCUGAGUGAGGAGGAGAGGCUGAGUGAAGAGGAGGAGGAGAGCCUAAGUGAAGAGGAGGAGGAGAGCCUGAGCAUGGAAGACGAGGAGAGCUUGAGCAAGGAGAGUCUCACUGAGGAAGAAGAGACUCUCAGUGAAGAGGAGGGCCUGAGGAAGGAGAAAGAGAGCCUGAGGAAAGAGGAGGAAGUGAGCCUGAAGCGGAAGGAGUAUAUGGAGAGGACAAGUAAAGAGGAGAAAAGGAAGAGCAGAUUUAGGGAGGAGAUGCUGUCAGAAGAGGAGAGAAUACUGAGAACAGAGCUCUCAAAGGAAGGUGUGUCCUUACCCAAGCUAGCAACAGAUGAAGAUCUUGCUGAAGAAAAGGAGGAUAAAACUAGAAGAAAAAUUCUACUUAAAAAAGAGAGCUUGCUUGAUAGAAAGAGAGACUCCAGACUUAGGGACAAGGGUAUGUCACCAACAGUUCUGAAGAGUCCUUUCAAAAUACCACUACAGGUAACCCUCAUAAAUAAAGAAGAAAUGCUCCCAAAAGAAAGACAGGACAGUCAACUUAUUGAAAUACACCCCAUGACAAGUUCACUGGGAAGACAAGAUAAUAUACUCUUGGAGAAAGCCAGGGGCAUGUUUUUGCAAGCCAUGGAAACAGACUUAGAAACCCAGAUCAAAGGUCUCCACAGGCCAGAGUUCCCAUUAUCUGAUAUUAUCACGGGACCACAGAAACCUGGACGUAGACCCAAACGUGACAGAUGGAAGCAGUUCUUGUGGUAUCAGGAUUCUUCAGUGAGGAAUACUGAGGAUCAGGCUCCAACCCCGGGCCCUGCUCCAUCCCUUGCCUCUUCACCUGAAAGACCAGCUGAAGGAUUCCAAAGGCCAGACGACUCAGAUACAAGCUUCUUAGUUGAAGAUCAGAUUAACAAUGCCUUAACAAAACUGGAAGCAGGAGAGAAACUUUCCAGGGACAGUUUCCAUCAGCUGAACCAGCUCCUCAAAGACUUCACUUCAAAGGAGGACUUGAAAUGGAUACGACUAUGUAAUCUUAAGGUCAUUGCUAAACACCUCAGUCAGAACCUAGAGUUAAGUCACAUCAAUACAUUACAACCCCAUAAGGAGGUUUUGAGUCCAGUACACUUAAAGGCGAUCCCUCCAAUUAGAAGAAAACAUAAAGAGAGCUGGCUGGAGUCAUCCUCUAAAGCACUGCUCAUUCCUGUACCAGUGUUACCAACAACCACCAAGAGGAUUCAAGUCCCAAAGACUAUAAAUUGGCAUCUUUUAGGAGAACCUUACAGGAGUGCACGGGUACAGCAGUUAUCCAAUGCUCUCAAAGAGAUGGAGAGACGACAUUUUUAUCCUGCCACAAGAGAGGUUUUCACAGGUGUCCAUGCCUCUGUUGACAAACAAACCCUCGCACUAAUGUUUCAGAAGGACCUCUGGGAUUUUAAGAGUAAUAGCAGGUUCCCCAAAUUGCCCAAGUUGGAGAAGAAGAUACAACCCAUCUCUAAGGAAAAGGAAGAGAUGCCCCUAUGGGAGACCUUUGUGGCACUAUAUUAUGUUUUGCGGAUGCUGCAGCAGCGAUAUGCCAAAGACAGUGCUGCUUGGAUGGAACAGUUCUACCGGAUCAUGGACCUGUACCAGCUUAAGUCCCCCCAGAUCCAGAGGCUUCUACUAGAGUUGCUUCAGGGAGAGAAACUCCAGUCCCAAGAGACCAUCUACAAAAAAGCCCUGAAGACCACAGAGCUGGUGCUUGGUGAGCGACUGUUCUAUCGCCUGUUUUGUGGUAGUUCUCGCGUCCCUGCAGGCCCCCUCAAGUUCCAGGAUGUGGUACCCCUCCCUGGGCAGAACAAAGUGUAUACUACCCAGCCAGUGGGCAUAGCCCAGUAUGGGUUCUUAGAACUUGCCUGGAAAAGCCUGCCGCAAGUCAGCCCUUACUGAACUGAGAAGAUGCCCAGUAUUCCCACUCCUACUUUCUGAUUUGGCUUGAAAUUAGGACUUUGAGAUCUCACUGGAAAAUGAGCCUGGGCCACAGAUUUGAAGUCUCCUUAUUUGAUCCUCACUUUAAAGUGAGUUAGACAAGUACCCAUUUUCACUUAGCUCCAAGAUCCUGCUAUUAUAUAUUAAAUA